AGCGGAAAAUGGGCUUGGAUUCGGCUUACCUAAUUUACAUGAGAGACGUAUUUACAACUAAUGAUGGUCAGUUAGAGAGAAAAGUGUCUGGGAUUUUGUCAGUGAACUGAAGUUGACGAGAGACAAAUGCUGAGGACUGACAGUGACACAUGAUCACAACAACAACACCAUGUCGAUGUAGUUGGCGUACAUAGAGUGCGUCUGCGGGAAAGCCAUUCUUGUUGGAUAUCCGUGAUUGCAAGCUUUGUACUUUCAAGUGCAAAUUCAAGUUUGAGGGUUGUGCAGUUAUGAUGGUAAAUUUAUCACCAGGAUCGGGCUGAUCUUAACUUUGUGAUCAUUAUGUAUUCAUCGCCUGUUAAGUUAUUUUCAGUUUUGUGCUACAAAAACAUGUACAACUAAGAAUAUGGAGUCAGCUGAAAUGUUUUCACCUGUCUCAGUAGAAUUUGAAGGUGUUAAUGGUGAUGACUCAAUGCUUCCGCUUUUGGAAGAUGACCCUUUGAAUGUAUCAAACUCGAAGACAACCAGUAACGGUAACAAUGUACAAAGGCAGCGUAUCACCCAAUCUAAUGGACAUUUGGGCUACCCUCGUGAACAAAGUCACCAGACGACUAUUGCUGGUAGCAGCAGUCAGCUGUGUGAGAGCGAUGUGUUAAACCAAAGUGAUGAGGACCGCAGAAAUCACGGUGACAGUCGAGGACCCUUACCGUUUCACUGUCAUGGUGAUAAGGAGGCCAAGCCUGAUAAAGUGGCUCGAAAUCAACUGAUAGCAGUGUGUGCCUUGUGCUUUGCAUUUAUGAUUGGAGAGUCUGUAGGUGGAUACUUGGCCAAUAGCCUUGCCCUAUUCACAGAUGUUUUGCACCUGGGCAGUGAUCUGGUAGGUUUUCUCAUCAGCCUCUUGGCCAUCUACCUGUCAACUAAACCCGCCUCCAAGAAGAUGUCAUUUGGGUAUCAUAGGGCAGAGGUCCUUGGUGCACUGUUCAGUGUUUUCUUCAUCUGGCUGGUGUCGGGAGUGCUGUGUUACAUCGCAGUGGAGAGGAUUAUACAUGAACACUACAAGGAUGUAAAAGCCGAUGAGAUGCUGGUAACCGCUGGACUUGGAGUUGUCUUCAAUAUUGUGAUGGGAAUAGUGCUGCAGUCAGAUCGGUGCUGUAAGUCUGCAACCUCCCACACGUCCUUUGGCCAUUCCCACGGGGGUCAUGGACAUUCCCAUGGCGGCCGAGGACAUUCCCACGAGAGGCACAGACACAAUGAUGCCACCUUACUGCCUCUGGAUGAUGAAUCCGAAGAGGAGUCUACCCACCACACCGCUGAACGAAAACGUCACAAAAAUAUCAAUGUUAGAGCGGCUUUUAUCCAUGUCAUAGGAGACAUUAUACAGAGCCUGGGCGUAUUCACCGCAGCGCUGAUCAUCAAAUGCACGGCAGAUGACCGUUACCGCCUUGCUGAUCCCAUCUGUACGUUCCUCUUUUCCAUUCUUGUGCUUGUAACAACAAUAACUAUUUUGAGAGAUACAUUAAGAGUAAUCCUUGAAGGUGUACCAAGUGAACUGAAGUAUAUGGAGAUACUAAAGGACCUAGAGUCAAUAGAUGGUGUAGAAAUGGCUCAUGGAUUACACUUGUGGUCCUUGACCAUAGACAAGAAUGCCAUAGCUGUCCACUUAGCCAUAGAUUCCAAUGCUGAUUUUGAGCGGGUGUUAUCCAUAUCAUCUACAAAACUUCGCAAUCAGUACAAUUUCUACCACUGCACCGUUCAAGUUGAGCGGUACAACCAUGAGUUGAUGUCUACAUGCAACCGCUGUCAAGGAGGUCCCCAAAGGAUAUAAAUAUCACAGGGACACUAUUACAAAUAGGGUGCCUUGUGUAAUAAGUGUUACUGUUAUCUCAUUUUAACUUAUUUUAUUUGUUGCGAAAACAGGUUCAUCCUACAGGUUGAAUGCACUCAGGUGGUGGUGGUGUUGUUGGACAGGCUCAUCCCACUGUAGUGAAGAAGAGGUGUAUUUUGUACUUGGGGUACAUUUACUGUACUUAAUAGACUUCAAAAUAUUGGUGCUUUUUGAUGACCACAAUCAUAUAAUUUAUGAAUCAUUAACUUGUAUGUAAUGUUAAUAUGCUUAAGGUGCUGCAUACAGAUACCCUUUGGCCCGAGGUACUCAAGUUUCAUCUACACUUAAAGCUAACUGAUCUCUUGAGUAUUGCAUUAAAUAACAAUUAUAUAAAUUAAUAAAUAAAUAAUUUGAUGGCUAAUUCAAGGAGCAGGAGGUAUUGCAAUAUCUCAUGUAGUAUGAAUGAAACAUUUUUCUGUGACAGGGUCAGGUAGCAUUAAAAGAACAAAAUUUUAUGUAUAAGAUAUUUGUACAGAUGCUGCAUAUUAUUAUUGUUUGAGCAGGAAGAUUAUCAUUGUGUUUGUCAGUUCGUACAUAGUUGACUGAUUAAUACUGCAGUGAAUGGUUCCUGCUCCAUGAGAGGUGUCACAUAUCAGAGAGCAAAAAGACACCAGAUCACUUAGUUUUCACCUGGAAGUCAGCAUGUGAUUGGCUAGCUUCCUGUCUCUAGCAGAGCUAGAAGCUGUGGGUCGCUGGCGUAUCCUUCACAACAAAACUACAAGAACUGCUUGAGAGUUGAUUAAGUAUUUUGACUAAUUCCCACCUGUAGAUUUGUGAAAGGCCAACCUUCUCUUAUAUAAACAUUUACCCUGAUUAUAGAAGCAUCAGGGGGAAGACAAACAUUUUCUCACACCUAUUGAUAUAAGUUUUUAUGACCUCACAUGAUGUACAUUAUCUGUGACAUUUUGUUGUCAUAUCAAGCUAUUCUUUAUUCUCUUCCAAGUUAUGCAGUUUUUGCAUGAUGGCAAAAGUUUGUAUUUCUUUAUUUGAAAGUGAUCUGCAAAUAUGUCAAGUACAUGGAAGGCCAGAAAAGAAAAAAGCAAAUUUGUUAUUGAACAAAGUUGUUGAAUGUUUUAUUCAUUAUUAUGUAAUACUUUUAUAAACAAUCACUCUUCAUAAGCAUGCAGAGAUACCUAGUAUUGAGUGUUUCUGUUUGUUUUAGCUUUAGGAAGUAGUUUGCUGUCAUUUUGUCAAUCAGUCAAGUUUUAGACAUCUUAAUUUUUAUCAUGGAUAAUUUACUUAACCAGGAAUAUAAAUGCAUUAUAAAUUGUGAACAUGCACUUGUUAAAACGUCAUGAUGAUGUUUGAAACUCCUUCAUUCCUGUUACCAUCCCCAGAAAACAGACUUAAUCUUAACUUGUAGUAUUAUUCCUGAACUUAUGUUUGAACUUAGAGGCUAAUUUUCAUUUUGAGCACGAAGGUCAAAGACAACUCUUAGUGGUAAAAAAUCCUUAAAGUAAUAGAGUCUCCAAAUUUUAGUGCAACUAAAUGUUUAAUGUCAAGACUACAUCUCACGUAAAUCUGUAAGACAGUUUCGGUGAUCCUGGGGCCUAGUCCAGGUCAUAAGCUCGUUUGGCAAGAAAUUGCAUGUUGUGUGAUUGAAUACAAAUACAUGUUCUGUAGCUGGUAAUCAAAUAUUUUGUCAGGUUAUUGGCUAGAUUCACCAUGUUUUUUUGAUAAGGUGUCAUUUAUCAGUCUGUGAUUACUCAAUAACACAACUUGAUUGCCCAAGAGAGCUGAAGGCCAACAGUAAUGCACUGUACUAUUUUCUGAUCUCAUGGUACAUACAUAUACAUACCAAGCCUGUCUGUGUGUGUUAACAUUAUAUUAACUUAACUUUACUGUGCUAUGUGGUAAACAUAAUAACCUGUGUAUUUGUACCAUUGAAAAAGCAUGUCUGUGACAGAAUGAUACUAGUAUAUGAAUGGCUUUGCUUUUAUUCAACUUCUGAAGAUAUGACAAAGAUGGUUAGCAUUUUCUUCUUUGAUAUUUGUACUUGAUAAUCAACAUAUAUGGAUUUUGUGUAAAUGGUGAAUGGUUUUGUAUAUGCAGAUUUCGUGAUUUGAAGUAAUCGAAAUGUAUUUUUAUAUCAUAGAAGAUCGUGAUGUCGUCUAACAUAGGUGUUGAUAUAUUUUUAUGCUGCAAAUGAUAAACAGUUACAUAUAUAUAUUGCCGUUAUGUAUGCUUAAAAAAUGACUUAAAAGGUAUUGAUACCCUCUUCAGUUGGGGCUUUUUCUACGUUUAGGCUAAUUCUCUAGGGUUACAGACAGGUGGUUGACCGGCAGGCUCUUUUUCACAUGGGAAAGUUAGUUUGUAACUUACCAAAGGUUGGCUGUGUACCCAAGGCGCUCCAGUUUCCUUCACCCAUGGAACUAACGGCCAUUGUAAAAGUGAUAACCCCUUCAGUAUGGCGUAAAACAACAGUCAAAUAAAUCUAAUCAAAUCUAAUAGUAGAAGAUUCACAUUUAGAUUUGAACUGAUACAUAUAGUGUUUACUAUAGAAGAAUUAAGUUGUCCAAUCUUAAGUAUGAAAUGUAUCAAGAAAGAAAUCAAAGCUAGUGUAUUGCUUUUGGUGUUCUAGUUUCCACCUAUAUAACAAAAUCUGCUUUUCAGUUUCAUUAUUAAAUUAUUACAUCUAUGAUCUUAUAGGCGUGUUUUUUUUGAUUUUGUCAGUUGUUUCUUUUUGUUUUAUGGUGUCUGAAAAUUGGUAACUGUGUACAUCAUAAAAGCAGAUAUGCUUGGUGACAGUACCUGGUUUAUGGCCUGUGAUUGUACAUUUUGUUUAUUUUCUGUGUUAGGCUUUUUUUUUGUUUUUUUUUUGUUUUGUUUUUGAUGUCAGAU